UGAACAUAUAUGGUUUGUUGUUUUGAAAUUGAUGCUUUCACCAUUUUAUGUGUUGUUGUGUGAUAUUAUCUCAUCUCAAUGACAAUAAAUGGACUGGACAAUAAUCUUCUACAUUGUUUCCCAUCGUUGGUCAUCAUCAUCAUCAUCAUCAUCGUCGUCGUCGUUUUGGUUUUCUCAUUGUGAAUCUCUCUGUGUUUUUUUUUCAUAAACGAAUUUAUUCAAUGUUUUCAUUUUCAGAUGGGAAAUUAUAAUUUAGUGAAAAAAAAGAGUUUGGAAUCUGUUUGUGAUAACAUUAAAAAUGGAAAAAUCAAAAAAAAAAAAAAGAAAAUUUUUUCCCAUUUUGACGUGAAUUAUCCCUCGAAUAUCAUAUGUUGGUGGUGGUGGUGGUGGUCGUUGUCUAUCACCAGUUGUUUUCCCAAUGACGCUUUUUUUACGUUUGACGUUUUGCACUUUUUGUUUUGAUUCAUUAUCAUUGAAUCCCAGAAUGUAAAUAUUCUGCCACUGCCGCUGUUGUAUAUGUACGCAUAUACAAAAAAAAAAAAAUGAAAAUGGAAUCGAAACAAAAUAUUUUCACCAAUAACGGAAUCAACAGUUGUUCAAUACAACAUUAUUGGAUGGAUAAUAAUGAUAAUGCAAAAGAUCCGAUAACGAUCCAUCAUAAAAUGGAUGAAUCAUCAUCAACAACAACAACAACAACAGUGCCAAAUUCAUUAAAAUCAACAACAAAUUGUUCAAAUAAACGAUUAUUAAAAUCAAGUGAUAUAAUAAUGGCCAAAUCACCAGCAAUAAGAAAUAAUCGAUACACAUCAUUAUUAUCAUCGUUUUUAUUAUUUACAAAACAUCAUCAUUAUCGACAAAAAAAAUUUUCAUUACCAUCAUCGUCAUCAUCAUCAUUUUAUUUGUAUAAAAAUAAAUCUCAAAAUGUGAUGUAUAAUACAUUAACCAUUGUGAUGAUUAUGUUCAUUAUGCCAGCCAUAUUAUCAUCAUUAUUAUUAAUGGCCAAUAAUACUGUUCAAGGGCAACUUUAUAAUAUUAGCUGUCCAAAUGUUAAUCUAAUACCACGUUUAACAAUGCCAACAAAAUCUUCAUCAUCAUCAUCGUCAUCUUUAAAUAAUUUACAUUUAAAAAAUGUUAAUUCAUCAAUAAAUCAUCACAUCAUCAUCAUGAUUUUAUCAUGUCAAAUCAUCAUCAUAUGAUGAUGUUAACACAACCUGAAUGUGAUUGUACGGUCAAAGAUGAAGGUGGAUGGGAAAUUACCUGUUUUCUUAAUGGUAACGAUUUGAAUGUAUAUGAAGAUUCACUUUCAUCAACAAAUUCUAUGGCUGAUAAUCAUGAUAUUAACGAUGAUAAUAAAUGGCUUGAAUCAGAAGAUGGCAUUGAAUUUGAUUAUGGUGGUGAAAUACCGAUUGCAUUCAUUGUUAAAUAUGAUGUACAACAUCAAACGCUGAAAAUUGAAUGUGAUAAAGCAGUACCCGCAUUUAAACCUGCAUUAUUUCAAGGUUUUGGAAUCGAUCGUAUCGAUAAUUUUGUGAUUUCAAAUUGUGAGCUUCCACAAACAUUACCAUUGAGUUUUAUAUUGGAUCGAACACAAACAUCAACCACACAAAAUGGUGGUGGUGGUGGUGGUGGUUUUCAUUUGACAUCCACUGUUGGUACACAUAGUUUCACUAUCAAUACAACAACAAUCGGACAACAAUUUUUGGAUACGGUACCAUCCAUCAAAACAUUAGUGAUUAAAUCACGUAAACGUGUUAGUGUUACGCAAUUAAAUACACUGUUAAGUGAUCUACGAACAUUGGAAGAAUUACAAUUGACCGAUUUUGAUCUUAACGAUAUUGAUAGCUAUGCUAUUGAAACAUUUGACACACAUUUACCACAAUCAUCAUAUUCAUCCAUCAUAAACGGUUUCAACGUCAAUCAUCCGAAACGAAUCAAACGUAAUGAACAUUUAAUUAACCAUAAUGAUGAUGAUGAUGAUGAUAAUAAGAAAGAUUCAAUAAUUGUCACUACUACUACUAAGACCACAGAUGAGAUGCCUUCAUCACCAUCUGAUAACCAGGCAACGACGACAGUUUUACCAUUAAAUAUAGAAACAACAUUAAAUAGUGGCGGUGAUAAUGAUGAUAAUGUUUCAGAUUUGACAACAACCGUAUUACCAUUACCAUUACCUCCAUUAGGACGAUCAUUAUCGAUUUCAGAUCCGCCAUCCCCAGUUGAUUCAUCUGAAGAUAAAAUUAUCAAUGAAACAUUAAUUACAACGAUUAAUACUGCUGCUUCUGAUGAUGAUGGUAUUAGCAUAAAAUCGCUAUCAUCACCAUCUGCUGCAUUACCAUCCUCAUCAACUUCAACCACAGUCAAACCAAUGACAACAACGGUUAUGUCAUCUGAUAUCAAUCACAUUGAACCAGAAGAUACGAUUAUCAACAUGACUUCAUCAUCAUCAUCAUCAUCAUCAACAGCUAUUGAUGAUGAAAAUGAUUCAAUUAAUUUUGAAGAAGAUAAUAUUAAUGAUGUAAACAUUGAAAAUCGACCAAUCAUCGUUUUGGAUGAUAAUGUUUUGAAUUUGGCACGUAUACUGCCAAAUUUAAAAGAUCUUCGAUUGAAAAAUUUCAUUAAAGAAUCUAGUAUACCGAAUGUUAUGUUUCAAGUUAUCAAUGGAUUGGAUAAAUUAGAAUUUCUAGAAUUACGAUCCAAUCAUUUGGAAACAAUACCUGCUGAUGCAUUUGCAUUUGCUGGCUCAACAUUGAAAAAACUUUACCUGUCACAUAAUUCUAUCAAACACAUUGAUGCCGAUGCAUUCACCAAUAUAUCACAUUUGGAAAUUUUAGAUAUUUCACAUAAUCAUCUGAUACACCUGAAUGAUUAUACAUUCAAACCGUUGAAAAAUCUACAAUUCUUGACAAUGUAUCGUAAUCAAUUUCAAAAUCUAAGUGAAUAUCUAUUUCAAGCGAACAAAAAGCUCAUUUCUUUAGAUAUCAGUCAAAAUAAUCAACUGGAACCAUUGCCUGCCCAACUAUUUCAUGGAUUGACAAGUUUAUCGAAUUUAUCGCUUGCACAUUGUAAUCUAACAUCAAUCAGUGUUGAUACACGGCAAUUUUUUCGUAAUAUUCCCAAUUUGCUUUCACUAAAUGUGAAAAGAAAUCAAUUGAAAAAUCUUACAUUGAAUGGUUUAUUCGCAUGGAACGCUAAAUUGUCAAAAGUAGAUUUCUCAUCCAAUCAAAUUGAAAUUAUUAGUGCCGAUAUUUUUACACUAAAUUCAACCGAAAUCAUUGAAUUAAAUUUGAACAAAAAUCUAUUGUCAGAAUUGCCAGAAAAUUUAUUUAUUGAAGCACGUAAAAUCCGUAAACUAUCCGUAUCAUCCAAUCGAUUGCGACAGAUAUCACCGAUGACGUUCAUGGUAUUACGUGAACUUGAACAGCUAGAUUUAAGUCAUAAUUUUAUCACUACGACCAAUACAAUUGCAGCCAAUGCAUUGCCAUUUGGUCUUGGUGGUUAUUUACGAAAAAUUGAUCUAUCAUAUAAUCAGCUAUUUGAUUUUGAUGCCGAUAUACGACAAAUGAAUUGGAAUUUUUAUCUUCAUAUUGCCGAAAUAAAUUUACGCAAUAAUAAUUUCACCGGUACAUUAUGGGUUCCAAAUCAAAUGGCAUCAUUGGAAUCACAAUUUCAGCUAGACGUCAGUAAUAAUCAAUUUGAAUCAGUAAAUGUGCAGGAAAUUUUAUCUACAAUACCAAUCAAUGAUCGAUCACAAGCUUCGAUUACGAAAGAAACUUUAGUUCGAUUAGAUAAUAAUCCACUUGAUUGUGAUUGUCAUCUAUUUCCAUUUCUGAACUACACAAAAUCUGUUGGCCGUCUCUAUGGUAAACAUUUCGAUACGAUCAAUAGAAAAAUUUUGUUCAUGAUUGAUGCAAAUCCAAAAAUUACUUGUCAUAGUCCAGAAAAUUUAAUCAAUCGUCCAUUGGAUAAUCUUAAAUUAAGUGAAUUAAUCUGCCCGAUUGAUGAUGAACGUAUUUGUCCCAAACAAUGUGAAUGUAAAUAUCGAAGCUCAGAUCGUUCAGCUAUUAUUAACUGUGAUAAUCGUGAUAUUUAUGACAUUCCAGCAGAAAUAAAUCUAUCUAAACAUUAUAAUAUAUCAUUAAAAGAUUCGGGUAUCGCUACAUCUGUACAAGGUGUUAUAUUUCAACUUCGUGAUAAUCAUAUUCAAUCCAUUGAUAAUUUGGAUACAAUGAUCAUGUGGAAUGAAUCUGGAAACGAUAAUAAUAAACCAUUAUAUGUGGAAAUUUUAUUGGACAAGAAUAAUAUAAGCAGAUUAUCAUGGGAUCCAUUGACAAACAAUACAAUUGAUUCGAUGGUUUUAGUGAAAAAAUUAUCCUUGCAAAACAAUAAUAUACAACGAAUACCGUUGACAGUGAUGGAGAAUUUCGAAAAACUUGUCCAAACUAAUCAUACACGAAAAUUACCACGUACGAUAAAACCACGUUUGUUUUUAGGAAAUAAUCCUAUUGAUUGUUAUAAUGAACCAUUACCACCGGGUAGUGAAUGUUAUAUACGUGAUUUUAAACAAUGGCUUUCAAGUCAUCCCAGUUUGAUUGGCGAUGUCAAUAUGAUCCGAUGUGAUCGUGAAACAAUCGAAACAAAUUCAUCUAGUUUGGUCAUUGUCAAUAUGAGUGAUGAACAUCUUUGUCCGGUUUUGAUACCACCAACAAGCAAUACAACAUUGAUGGCAUUAUCAAUCAUCUGUGUGGUACUGGCAUCAUCAUUAUUUGUCGUUUCUGUUCUCUAUUAUCGUAACAAACAAACAAUAUUGGCAUUCAUUUACAUUCAUCUGAAUCCAAUAUUUAUCUGUUUGAAUUUCACUGAAGAUGAUUUGGAUGAGGAAAAAAUUUACGAUGCAUUCGUAUCAUAUUCAAGUUCAGAUCGAGAUGUGGUGAUGGAAUUGAUUGAAAAACUGGAAAAACCACAUGAUAUGAAUGAAGUUAGUCUGAUUCUACAGAAUGGACUGUCUAUUCAUGAAGGUAAAGCGGAUCAAGUUGUACCGGAGAAUGUAUUUAAAAAAUCAGCCACAUUAAAAUCAACGACUAAAUCAACGAUGGAUGUGGAAAUGGGUAAUGGUGAAAAUAAUAAUACCUAUAGACUUUGUAUACACGAACGUGAUUGGUUACCAGGAAAUCUUAUAAGUUGGAAUAUUGUAAACAGUGUUCAAAAUUCAAAACGCACAAUUCUAAUAUUAUCGGAAAGUUUUAUUCGAUCCAUUUGGUUUCAAGUUGAAUUUCAUACUGCCUAUUAUCAAAUGUUAGAAGAUAAAAUGGAUCGUUUAAUUGUUAUAGUACGUGGUAAUCUACCACCCAAAGAAGAGCUGGAUAAAGAUCUCAAUUUUUUACUAACAACAAAAACCUAUCUAGUAUGGGGUGAAAAAUGGUUCUGGGAAAAACUUUAUUAUGCAAUGCCACAUAAAAAACAUCGCCCAACAAUGAUGAUGACAAAAAAUCAAACGGAAAAAGAUAAACUGACAGCUGUAAUGUCACCAACGAAUACAAUGAAAUAUAAUGGUUCAUCAACAUUGAAUGGUCGAUUGAAUGGUGGUUUGAAUGACAAUUGGUCAUCAUCAUCAUCAUCAUCAUCAUCAAAAUUGAAUGCAAAAGCUGAAGCUAUGAAACAAUAUGUAGAUAAAACGAUUGCAAGCCAUUUUCAAUUGAAUUCAUAUUCACCAAAUUCAUCCAUCAUUACUGACCAUCAUCAUCAUAAUCAAAAUAAUAAUAAUAAACAGGCAGCAUCACAACAAUCACCAAUUGUAAAUGGCAAUUCAUCAUUGGCAUCCAAUCCGAAUAAUAAUCGACCGGCACCAAAAAGUUUACGAAAUUCUGGAACACUAGCAACGGCUACACCAAAUAUAUUGAAAGAAUUCAAUAAUGGCAAUGGUAAUAAUGAAGGAAUCGAUAAUAAAAGUUUUAUCGAUGAAACUCAUACAUAAUAUGUCAACACAAUUGACUUUUUAUUUUCAUUUUUUACUAUUAUUGUUGUAUUUUUAAAUAAACAAUGUGUACAUAGAAAAUUGUUG